UUUACCCCUGAUUACCUGCUAUAGCAGGUUUAGUUUUAUCCUUAACUAAAGUAUUAUAAAUCUCUAACCCACAAAGGGGUUUAAGCUAUACUUUGUAGUUCGGUUAUUGGUUGGCCUUCCCCAAACCCAAACCCAAACCCACAAGAGAGUUUAUUUGCGUGACGUUCGUAAAUUAGUGUAACCAGUUGGAAUUCUGUACAGAAAACGAAGGAAUAAAGAAGCAGUUGUUGUUUUGUUGAUUGUCUCCGUAGAACAAUCAAUCAUCUGGUUGGGGCUUAUUCUGCAACAUCAGACUACUGCAUUUAAUGAUCUCAUAUUGGCAUGCUUUCUAAGAUAUGGUAUCAAGAAAGAGGCUGGAUUAUGGUUUUCGUGGCUAUCGAGCUCCCGUUAUUCCCAGAGCUCCUCGAUCAAUAAGGAGAAGAGUCCCACUCAAGGAUUCAUGCGAAGACAGCAAGCUUUGUGCUUUUGAAUUACUUGCUGCUGUAGCUGGUAAGUUGUUGCAAGAGAGUGAAAGCUCUAUCUCAAGUAAUGUAGCCGGAGGAAAAGAUAAGCGAGUUAUUUCCGGAAAUGGAAAUGAGAAGGGACAGCUUGUAGAUGAUAAAACUUUGAUAUCCGAUAGCUUUGGACAUGGAAGCUGUGCUGAGAGUGCAUUUGUUCCUGAAGUAUCCAUUCAAGAGCAGAAUCUCCUACCCAAUUUCAAGGAGAAAUUGCAAUCUGAGUUCAAUUCUGUCAUAGAGUGCACUUCCGAACCUGUGAGUUCGGAUGCCCUAGAGAAAGUUGAUAGUAGUGUUAAAUUUGAAGAGUGUGAAUUCAAGAAGAAUGACACUAGGGUUGAGGGAUCAGCUUGUUUUGGUGAUAGUUUCAACUCUAAAGUCGAGAGUCGACCAAAAAUGAAUUUGGGGGAUGAAAAGUGUCAGAUAGGUGGACUCUUAAUUGCAUCCGAUGUAAAAAAACUGAACAAAGAAUGUGUGAAUAGUAAUAUGAUAAUUAAUUCAGAUAGUAGUGUACAGUUACCCGUGUACAGGGAGCCCGUUGCUGAUGCUUGCUUGAAGCACUCGGCUGAUGUAAAAUUAGGAGUUAGAGAUGAUGACGAAAAUUCUUAUAGGUGUAAGAAACUUAGCACCAAGGUCAGGCCCUUCAAGCCUCGUCCACGAACUGAACACCGUAGAAUAAGGAAAAUGAUGACAUCCAAAUACAGAAAGGUAGUUCCAAGGCGGAAGGCUUAUGAUCUAUAUAACACUAGCGAGGGAAUGAAGUCGUAUUACCAGUAUAGGAAGCGAAUCUAUACACGAGAGGGCUGUCAACAAGCACCUAUCAAGAAAAGGAAGUUGUUUGAUAACAGAUUUUCAGUGUCUUAUGAUCAAGAUACCAGCAGCAAUAGUAUCUCAAAUUUGCCAGAAAAGGGAAAUAGGACAGCUUGUGGUACGGUGAAAGUUAAUUCAAAAGGCAAGGACCCACAAGUGAAAUUUAGCAUUAAGUCUUUCAAGGUGCCAGAACUCUACAUUGAUCUCCCUGAAACUGCAAGUGUUGGUUCUCUAAAGAGAACUGUGAUGGAAGCAGUUACAGCUAUUCUGGGAAGUGGAAUACGAGUAGGUGUACUUCUUCAAGGGAAGAAGAUCAGAGAUGACAAUAGAACUCUGCAGCAGGCUGGUAUUUCUCUGAAUAAUGACCUUGGUACCCUGGGUUUUACUUUGGAGCCGUGUUUUACUCAUGUUUCCUCAUCCAAUGUUGCUGUUAAGCAACCCUCCCCAGUAUUGACAUGUGAAGAAAUUCCAGAGUCUCCACCCACUCUUUUCACGGAUUCAGCCAUCUCAAAUGCCUCAGUGGACCCACCUACCGCUCGUGUGGGUCCCACAUCCGAUGAUGACGAUGUGGACAACAAAGAACUCAUAUUGUCAUCCUCCGACUCUCCUGUAGAUGAACUAAUGGAUGGAGUAGCAGCUACUGCUCCCGACCCCAACAAAAAUGCUUUGGUAGAAUUGUCUCCAAUAAACGUGGGCCCACUUGCAGUGGUCCCCGUGUCCAAACCGAAACGUAGUGAACUUUCACAGCGUAGAACCAGGAGACCCUUCUCAGUGGCUGAAGUCGAGGCUCUUGUUGGAGAAGUUGAAAAACUCGGAACCGGAAGGUGGCGUGAUGUCAAAAUAGGUGCUUUUGAGAAUGCUGACCAUAGAACUUAUGUUGACUUGAAGGAUAAAUGGAAGACACUUGUCCACACGGCCAGCAUAUCUCCUCACCAAAGAAGAGGUGAGCCGGUCCCACAAGAGCUGCUUGACCGUGUUUUAGUAGCUCACUCUUAUUGGUCUCAGCAUCAGUCGAAACAACAUGGGAAGCAUCAUCCAGCAGUCGAGCCUUCAAAAACCGAGGAUCUUUGUGGGGAGAUCAUCGGAGCUUGAAGAAUCUGUGAAAACUUGUGAUCGUGAUUGUAGAAAAUGUUUCUAUUAUAGGGAAGUAUAACACUGAAGUUGUAAAAAGGGGAAAAUUGUUGCAACUUUUUAAGUUUGGCUGUAAUUAAUUUAUGUCUUACUCACUGAUUUGUUGGCUGAUGUUUAAUUUAGCCUUUCAUGUUAUGUUCUUCAGGGAUUUGUUUUGGACUUCUGUUUCUGUACAUGAUUUGUGGAAUAAAGGGCUGUUUUGUUUGUGUAGCUUCAUGAA